CUUUGUAUCACCAUUGCUCUUUGGCAUUUGGUUUGGCAUUGCAAUGCGAUGUCACAGACUUGGUUAUGUGCAAGUCGCAGUACUCUCAGAUUGCUCGUUUGUUUUAAUGUUUGUUGUGAACAUCUCCAUUCUAUGAUGACUCCUUUUCUUUUGGCACGAUGCAGGUUUCUGCACUGGGUGAUCAAAAAAUAUAUCAAGCUCAACAGUCUGAUUUUGGAGAUGUUCUUUUUGAGUUAUUGUAUAGAUGGCUUAGAGGAUAUAAUGGACUUUAUUUCCCCUCUUAAUUUCGUUUCUGCUGAGAUGACUACGGGGUAUGGAAGAGGUGGUUAUCGUAUCUGCAGUAGCCAUCGAAGGUUCUAUUUUACUCCGUGUACCAGGGAUAAGAGUAACGUGCGAUGAGUAACUUACGGAUAGAUCCUAUCCAGUUUAUCUGAACCUGAAGAGUCAAGUUUAUAGGAUCGAUCAGUAGCACACUACGGAUGACCACG